CGUACCCACCUUUUCGGGAAUGGUACAGUCCUCGGCUGCGUCGUUUUAGCAUUUUUUGCUACAAAUCAGGCACUUGGCGUUUAAACCGGUGUGCGACUGCGAACGCAGGGGGAGCCACCGACAGAGUACAAAGCUCAACAACAAAAAGGCGAAAUUGAAAGGGGAUUCGACGACAUUUUGUGGCCUGAAACGUUUCAUAUUGUCGUUUCUUUUGUUAAUCGUUUCGUUGAUUCAGCGACCAUGGCUUGUGGCGCGACGUUAAAGCGAUCUAUGGAGUUUGAGGCCCUUCUCAGUCCGCAGUCCCCCAAGCGGAGGAGGUGCAAUCCUCUACCGGGGACUCCUGCUACUCCUUCCCCGCAGAGAUGCAGCCUUCGUCCGCCAACAGAAAGCCCGGCACGCUCAAUGUCGCCUCAGUCCAUGGGAGGGGAACACAGGCUAACCCCAGAGCAAAUCUUUCAGAACAUUCGUCAGGAGUACAGCCGCUAUCAGAGGCGACGGCAGUUGGAAGGAGCCUUCAACCAAAGUGAGGCCUGCGGUUCUAAUGAUGCCCAGAGCUCGAGCCCCGCUCUCACCUCACCAAACUCUCCCACAGGUGCCUCUUCCUUGAAGAAGGAUCAGCCACUCUUCACACUGAGGCAGGUUGGCUAUUUGUGUGAGCGCCUUAUCAAAGACCACGAGGAGACGAUCCGUGAAGAGUACGAACAGAUACUAAACACAAAGUUGGCAGAACAAUAUGAGUCCUUCGUGAAAUUCACACAGGAUCAGAUUAUGCGAAGAUAUGGCGCCAGGCCUGCAAGCUACGUGUCUUGAAGAAUGUUAUUGAUGGUACUAGUCACCCUUCAGAAACUGGUUGCAGUAGAACCAGCCCCCUUUGUUUCAUUUACAAUUUCCUUCUACGUUUUCUUUUUCCCAAUGCUUGGGUGCCAUGGUCUAUCCACAUUUAACUCAUUUUUAUUGCUGAACUUGUUACUGAUGGCCCAACACCAAACACGCAUAUCUAGAUGCCUUCUAAAGAAGUUUAAUCUCUUGAAAAAAUCUGUGGGAAAAGAUUACCGCUGUAUAAAGCUUGGCUGAUGUGAUCAUCUCUGUAUAAUGUAAUGUGACUGACCUGCAGCAGAUAUACCGAACUCUCCCUCUUUCUUCAGUCUGUUUUUAACUCUCCAUAUUUUUUUUCCUUUUUUUGACAAAUUAAAGAUCUGUGAUAAGUCAAAA